AUGCCUCCAAUCCGCACAGCCCGCAAUCGCAAACCGCCCCCCGCAGGCUUCGACGAUCUCGAAGAUACACUGCUAGAAUUCAGCAACAAGAUGAAAGAUGCCGAGAAUGCCUCGCACGAAGGAAAGAAGAAAUACGAGGUUCUCUGGCCCAUAUUCCAGAUUAGUCACCAGCGCUCACGCUACAUCUACGAUCUGUACUACGAGAAAGAAGCGAUUUCGAAAGAGUUGUACGACUGGCUGCUGAAGAAUAAGUAUGCCGAUGCGAACUUGAUUGCGAAGUGGAAGAAGCAGGGAUAUGAGAAGUUGUGCUGUUUGCGAUGUGUUCAGACGAAAGAGACGAAUUUUAAUUCUACGUGUAUCUGUCGGGUGCCAAAGGCGCAGUUGAAGGAGGAUCAGACGGUUCAGUGUGUUAGCUGUGGCUGUCGGGGUUGUGGAAGUAGCGACUAG